CGAAGACUUUAAAAAUUCACCAUGCCAGAAAAACUUUCAAAAGUUGUGUCAAGAAACCAAUAUCGUGUGUACAAUAUUUAUUAGAGGAAUGCCAUUGUUUGGUGCGUGAGAAACGAAAUUAAUCGAGUAUUUAAUCGGUAGAUAAAAGUAUUUUUUAUAGGACUUAUAGUUUUUUUUUCAUGAGAAACUAUGAUGUGGUUCUGUCAAUUCUGUGUUUGUUGUUCCACGUGGUUGUGUUAAAUGAUAAUUAUUUAGGGAUUAAUAAUGCUAUUAAUACAGGUUAGCUAUUUUUGAUCAUAUUUAUGCAGUGUUCAUGUAUGAAAAUCCAUAAUUACUAUGGGAAUAUACUUCAAAUGGGCUGGGAAAUUGAUCAUUCAAUUCCUUGCAAAUUACAUUUUAAUUUUGCUUUCAGGCAAAUUCGAAAAUUUAUGCAGUGGAUUGUGUUCUCCAUCCCCUGGGUAACAAGUCAUAAUCUCUGUGUUUUGAUGUUAAAACCCUACCCCAUUAUCAAAAAAGUUAUCCCAAAUUUUUGUUUCCCUCUCUAUUUCUCCCUUACCCCCAAACUGUCAAUUAGAGAGAUGGGAGGGGCCGAGGAUUGCCACCCACCUUCCAUGUGCCCACAUGCAGCACCUCCUGUCAAAAGUAGCAUAUCUGGUUGAAGUUUCAAGGGGGUACAGCCAGAAAGAUUUAUGUUCUGAUGCUAAUAUGGGAACUAGCCUUUUGGUCAUUAUUAAAGCCUUUUGGUCAUUAGGCCGAUGGAAGUAAGGUACCGUAUCAGUUUACCAUCACCUAAAAUUUCAAAAGUUGAUGCAGAUAUUUUUCAUUGUUUUUCACGAUUUGAAUUUGUUAAAUUUUGAGCUAAAAAUUUGAAUUUUGACCGAAAUGCUAGAAUUUUGCUAGCUUCCGAGCUAUCAGCUUUGACUCUGUUUCGCUGUGGAUUCACCAACUGUAUAAACAAAGUCAGUAUUUGCCAAACAUUUCAUUGAAGAAAAUUGGAAGUUAACCCCCUUACCCCUGUGGAUGUCCUAAUACACUUAACUAUUAUCGGAAAUAAAUAUUUCUCCCCUCUUCCAUUGGAUGGCAGAAAUUUCCUCUAUGGAAUGACCCAUUGUAAUACACUCUACCAGUUUUUCUAUAAUACCUGAUUACCAUUUGACAGAGAAUUUCAUUCAAGACCAACACUAUGACUUGGUAGUUGGAAUUCUAUCGGCACAAAGUAAUUUUUACUUGAGGGAAAGUUUACGUAAAACAUGGGUUGGCCACGCCCAGCAACACUCUCCUCUCAAAGAAAGGUAAGUUUUUACCACACAGUACAUCCGACUGGGCUCUUAACAUCUUAAGUUUGCUCAUAACAAAUUUUUUUGGAUCUGUUAUAAAGUAUAUAAGAAUAUACGGCUACAAAACGAAUACAUACAUAAUUGACGAAAAAUAUUGUAAGUAAAUAUUUUUUAUACAAUAUCUUUGAGGAUGGUUUGGAAAUAAAAUUGAAACACUGAACAACCUCCAAGACAAGCGUUAAGUUGUCAUGAAAAUAUUUUGUGCACUUAAAUUGGAUAAGACCACUGAGCUGUAUAAUAACUGGAGGACCUGCUCCUAUAUUUUGUUCAGUCAACGAAGUGUCGCCAAAAAAAUGACGGAUUUUGAUGAAAAAUGACGCCAUUUCCAUGACUAUAUACUGGUCCCUGAACAAGGUUCAAUUAUGGGCCCGCCACAGUUUUCACACCCCCCCCCCUGGUUUUUAUAAAAAUAUUUCAGCUUUUUGCAGUGAAUCCUUUUAUCCUUGUUGUUAAUUAAUAAUUUUCCCCCCAGGAUUUUGAUCAAAUUCAUCAUAUCAAAUGAGUCAUGCUCAAUACCUCCAGAGUUUAGAGUUGAUCCAUACAGAUGUGAAGAGAGUGUUCUGAAAGAUAUAGGUACAGAUUGAUUGACAUAAAUCCUAAAAACUAUACACUUUGUUUUGUACGGUAUGUCAUUGAUUUAUGUAUAUAAUACACUCUACCUAUAUCUAUUAUGCUUGCAGAUUUGGGAAAGGAACUCAUUGCUUAUCAAAUGCCAGAAGGCAUCACAUUGGGUUACCUUAAUGAAGGACCAGUUGGAAGAGACUUCAACGUAUGACACUAUGACUUAUUGUUAUAAUUUUUUUUUUAUAAUGGGCAACUUCAGCUAUAGACUAAAUUUUAAUCUAGGCAAGAAGAACAAAAUCCAUCACCACAGUUGGAAAGAGCGUGUUAAAAUGAGGAAAAUAUAGCCCUACGAAAUUUGCAAAUUUUGUAUUAACUUGUAUUACACAUGUACACAUGGGAAUUUGCACCACUUUCAGCUCAGAUGUGGUGCAUUUGCCUGUGCGUAAUUAUUGUGUGUAAUACAAAUUAAUACAAAAUUUGCAAUUUUUGUAGGGCCAUAUUUUCCUCAUUUUACAACAUUUUGCAACCAAACUUUACAAUUUUACUAAUUUUAACUGCAUGCUCUUUCUAGCUGUGGUGAUGGAUUUUGUUCUUCUUGCCUGGAUCAUGUUGUUAUAAAAUCAGAACCUUACAGUAAUCCCUGCUUCUUGUGGAGCAACUUAUAUCAGUUAAAUGCCAUUAUAAAUGGGAAUAAUUAAAGAUCAUGGUUUUUGCCAAUUUACUAUUUGGGAAAUUUGUACAAGGGUGGGUUGACUACAAUUUUUUUGUAGUUCGCUAUAACUACAGCUACUUCAAAAAUAUGUAGUCAGCUACAACUACUGCUACUUUUGAACAAAGGUAGUUCGCUACUGACUAUAUAGCUACUGCUUAAAAAAUGUAGCGAACUAUUUCGCUAUUUCGCUACGCCUACGCUAUAUUUUUUAGUUUUACUGUAUUUGGAGCAUUUAUACUAACUCAGACUGUAAUGUAACCUAUAACAAAUAGACUUACGAGUAACAACAGUAUAAACACAAAGCAACAUUUUUGUAAUCACUACGUACAGUGCUCAGGAGUGCAAAUUGACUAUUAAUUGAGUAUUGAUUUUAAGCAAACCGUAUCUCAAUAUCAUGCUAUUCUAUCAAGUUGUUAACAAUUUUUAAAAGUAGCGAAUAGCGAUUUGCUGUUUGAAAAGUAGUCAACUACUUGCUACUUUUAGGCAAAAUGUAGUUCGCUAUAACUACAGCUACUGUUUUAAAAAUGUAGUCAAAAACUACUGGCUACUUGAAAAUUGUAGUUCGCUACAGUAGCGAACUACAACUACUUCACUACUACCCACUCUUGAAUUUGUAAUAGUCAAUAAUCAAUGGUAAGAAUUUAGUUUUUAAUCCAUGGUUUCUACAUGUAUAUGGCAAAUCUUUAAAACCAUUCAAUCCAUUCAAAUAAAAUUAAAAUUAUUCCGAAAAAAAUGUGCAUAAUUAUAAAACACAAUUUUUUACAAUUGUAUAUAUAUAUUUCGAAUCUAUUUCGUUCAUCUUCAGUGGUUUAACAAUUUUACAAAGUUCAAUCAACCAGAAAAUGGUAUACUAAGAUAGUCUGAUCAAUUCUACUUUCUAUUUCAGGUGCUAUAUCCACUGGUCAUUACAAGUUUGGGUAUAUCUACCAAUGGCUUGAGUGAAAACAUUAACACCAAUACUACAGUUCGUCUAUUCGACAGAAUAUCUAAGGUUGGUACUUUCUACACAAGAACGAAACAAUGUCAAUGAACAUAUAUUCUUCCUUAUGCAAAUCUAUCUAGUAUCUAAGCACCAGAAAAUUAUUCUCUUGUAAUUUCUAUAGAAAGAAAUAGUCAGCGUCAACUUUACGGUUGAAAGUACUGGUACUCAAGUAAAUGGCAGCAGGUUUAAAACUGUCCCAAAUUAUAUUUUACCAAAGGUUCGCUUAUAAGUUUAGUUGGGAAAUUUAUAAACUGGUGACAUUAAAAGUGUUGGCAUAUUUUUGCAAGUUGUAACAUGUUUCUAAUGUUGCAUAAUGAACGGUGGUAUUUUUCAGGAUUUUCAAGCCAGUAUUGUCAUUGAAAAUUCCAAGUGUACCAGCCCUGGCUGCAGAAAAUGCGAAGAAUUUACUGAUAUUCAGGAUAACGGCGGGCUAUUUAAAACGCUCAAGGUACCGUCGACAAUAAUUUUUGACCCAAAUCACAUGCAUUGGCCUUGGAAAAUGGAAUGGAAUUCGGAAACGGUAAUUACGUCACGACUAACACUGUUUUCAACUUAGGACCACCUUAAAUAGAAUGGAUUUUAAGUUUGUUUCUCACGGGCUAUGGUAAGAGCAGCAGACUUGAAAUCUAUUCCAUUUAAGGUGGUCCUAGGUUGAAAACAGUGUAGUUGUGACGCAAUUACUGGAAAGGUCUAUUCGGUAAGAAUGUUUUAAAGACUGCGAGCUGUUUUUAAGAAUGAAUGUUUCAGUAUACAAGAAUCUUAGAUAUAGACGCUUUUGUAGGUAAGAAGAUUUAGCAGUGAUGGUGGUAGUUUUCCAGAAAUCGAAGAGACCACGCCAGAUGAAAGAUGUGUACACGGCACAGGAACCUUUAUGUAUCUCGCGUAUGGUAAGCAUAGAUCCGGAGCGAGGGGAAAUUCGGCGAAAUAUUACCGAACUGAUGAUAUUUCCCGGCCGAGGGCGGUACUCCGAGAAAAAUAGGAGUACCUUACGAUUUUAGGACAGCAACGCGACGGCAACGGCUACAAUUGAAAAGAAUUGAGUAAUUACAAUAUAUGAAUAAUUUAGACAUUCUCCUCGCUCUGUUUACAACGCUAGAUCACAGAUUUUCACGUCUUGAUACAACGGCUGCAUUCCAAACCACAACAAGUGCAACUUCAAACUGGGUUUAGCAGAACUCUUCCCAGCCAUAAAACCCAUGUCUUCAUCUUCUAAAACUGUAUUAAAUUCAUACGAUUGACAAUAUACGACGAACUAUCUUUACUACCAUUUAUUUGAAGGAGUUUGUUUUGGCCGUCGCGUUGCCGUCCUAAAAUCGUAAGGUCUCUAAUACAAGUAUCGUCACUGAGCGAAGGUAAUAUUUCUCCGAGUGAAAUAAUAAUACCAUAAAUGAUUUAUUAUACCUUAUUAAUUUGAAAAUAAACUAAUGUAAAUAACUCUAGGUGGAUAGUAUGUUUUCUAUGUUUAGGUGAGUUUUUGCCGCUUUCCUUUUAAACUAUUAACGUGGAUCCUUCGCGGAUAAAACGCUUAAAACUCGUAACUCUUCAUGUUGUCGGAAAUAAUAAUGUAUUCGUGAUCGUGAUCUUCACGAAUUAUAUCACAAACAAAUAUUAUUUCCUGCUAUGAUGUACAUACACCAUAUAGACAGUGCAUACAUUUACCAUCAAUACCCCAUCAAACACUGCUCCAUCGCUAUUUCAGAUGCUGCUCCAGGGAAGAGCCUCACCAAAGAAGAAAGACAAGACAGAGUCUUGGAAUGGCAGCAAUUGAAACAGGAGGAAAAUGUUCGUCUGCAAGAAGAGAGCAAGAAGUUUUCUGAUGUACUUUUUGUUCCUAAUGUUGAUGUUUACAGAAAUCUUCCAUCACAGUUGUUGGGAUUUUAUCGUUGGUACGAAACUCAUACUGAGCCUGUUUUUGUUUGAUGGGGCGAGGGGGAUGAGAGGGGUUGGAAGGUUGAGGUUUUUACAUUCCGUGCACUUGAGUAGGAGGUCGGCAUUCAAUCGGAAAUGCAAGUCUAAACGCCAAGAUGUCAACGAUCCAGGGGGGGGGGGGGAUUUUUGGCCAAAUCUAAUUCUCAGCAGAAUUGUCUUUUUCCAACAGCCGCAGACAACUGCUUAAAUGGCAUCAAUUAACUUUGUCUUCACAGGAUUGCAGAAAAUGUGCCAUUUUCCUUCGCACUCAAAACAGAUGAUGACUGUUUUGUGGAUUUAGAAAACAUUCUUCAGGUAAGCAAGUUUUAUCAACUUCACUUCGUUGGGCGACAACGUUCUCGAGCAUAUAAAGAGCCUCUCAAACCGUCGCUAUAAUGUAUGCCGAAAACAGGCGUACCUUAUAGCAACAUGCAAACCGUGACUAUAAGGUAUGCCGAAAACAAGCGUACAUUAUAACCACAAGCCGUGGCUAUAAGGUAUACCGAAAACAAGCGUACCUUACAGCAACAAGCCGUGGCUAUAAGUUAUGCCGAAAACAAGCGUACCUUAUAACCACAAGCCGUGGCUAUAGGGUAUGCCGAAAACUGGCUAACAAGUUGUGAGUGAGAACCUUGCAGCAAUGUCGCAAUUUGUUGACAGGUUUGCGAAGAACAAAAUAGAUCGGCACGAGAAAUGGAAUUAAUUGUGUUCCCAAUAUGGUUUUUAUAGGAAAUGGAAGAGUACAAGUUAAAGAACAAAUCCAAACUCUGGUGGAGCAGGUAAUGCGAUUAGCUUUUGUUGACAAAACACUUCAAAAACAAAUUGAAAUUUUCAACAACAGUAAUGGCACCUAAAAUGCUUCAUUUUUAAAAUGUUUUUUUUCUUAUUCUUUGCUAUUGUUUUUUUAUUUACCAGCUUUCGUUCCGACUGGCUUAUUGAACGCCAGGGGAAAUGGGCUGAGCCCGACUAUCCGGGUGUGACGUACCCAACCUUCGCCUGCGGUGCGGGCAAUGUACUCUCGGCUGACCUUGUUCAUUGGUUAGCGGGAAAUGCAGAUUCGCUGAAACGCUACCAGGUAAUUUCACAUUCCUAAAGUGGUAGAAAUUUACAGCGUUAGUACAUGUAGCAUGUGCCUUUACCGCUGUGGCAGAGGUUUGAUUCUUGCGCUGUGAAGGUUUCUUCAAUAGUAGAGACACCACUAAGUGGGGUGUGCACCCCCUGUACCCGUAUGGUAGAUCUGCCCCUGGGGAUGACCCUUGCUGAGCCUCUAGGGAGACCAGUGUAGAACUGAUGAAGAUUCAGUAUGAAGUUACUUUAUUAGAAAGGGAAUCAAAUCCAUGUUUCAUAUUGUACUUUAGGGCGAAGAUGUCUCUAUGGGUAUUUGGUUAUCGGCUGUUGGGCCAACUUUAUAUAAGG